CCGGCGGUUAACCGGCGCCUCUAACUCCUCCCCCGUGCGCUUGACCCAAACCGCGCACCAACGUUUGGUUGCCGCCGUUCCCCAAAACGCGCCACCUUUGUCCCGUCCAUCGCAGAGUCUCCCCUCCGCCUUCUUUGAAAAUUCCCAAAUCCUCGUCAUCGUUUCCCAGUCCCAGCACGAAAGCCACCAACUUUUCGCCGCUCCUUCGCGCACGCCGCGUCGCCGGCUCGCCGCCCACCGAGACCCGCCUAGUCCGCCCGCCUCACAUGGCCGCCGACCGCCGGAGUGGCGUCUUCUGAGAGGGCGGCGGCUGGAGGCCGGUGGGAUGAGGGAGAUGGCCGGCCGCCCCGGGACGUGGGGCGGCCUGGCUCUGCGGGCGGGCCAGCUCGCCUUCGCCGCCGCGUGCAUCUGCGUCAUGGCCUCUGCGCCUGGAUUCACCAACUACACCGCCUUCUGUUACUUGAUUGCAUCUAUGGGACUACAAGCACUAUGGAGCUUGGGACUUGCGUGUCUUGAUUUCUAUGCGUUGGUAUUGAGAAAGGAUCUCCAUCAAGCUUUUCUCAUGAGCUUAUUUGUUGUUGGCGACUGGGUAGCAGCAAUUCUAUCAUUUGCUGCGGCUUGCUCAGCAGGAGGUGUAGUUGUACUUUUCGAAAGGGAUGUAUACUUCUGCAGAAGGGAUCCCCAACUCCCUUGUGUUAGAUUUGAAGUCGCCACAGCAUUUGCAUUUCUUUCUUGUGCGUUUAGUGCUACAUCCGCUCUUGUAAUGUUUUGGCUCCUUGCUUCGUUGUGAAUAAGUGAAUAACCUUGUGUAAGCUCUGUCUGUAGUGUAUACGAGCUCAUUUUUGAAGCAGAUCACACAAUAGAAAGGCUGAAAAAUUCUGUGGCAUACUCCAUGAACCCUUUUGGGCAAGAAUAUUUGUUCCAUUUGGUCAAACAUUUGUCCAAUUGCUUUGGAUAAGCAAGUUCUCUUCUAGUACA